GAACAUUCAAACGUAACAUUCCCAUAAUGUUAGCAAAGUUGUAAUAAAGAAAGUAUUAACGGUCAUAAAACCAAUUUUUUAAAACAUUCAGUAUAAGGUUUUCCCAGCGUAAUGGGCGCCCUAAGGAGCCGCGGUUAGCCUGUGUCCGGUCCGCGGGUCUCUGAGCUAGUGUUGCGGCGCCUCGGCCCAUGCCGGUGUCGUGCUGCGGGGCGCUGGGGCCCGGCUCGUCCCCCCGGAGGAGCGUCCCGGGCCCGGCCGGGGUCAGGGCCUGUCUGGGCCAGCCCAGCGCCUCUGACGGGCUGAAGAUGCUGCGCUCCUCCUUCAGUCUGGAGGGAGUGGAGGAGCGGGACGAGGACCAGGAGGAGGACGGAGAGGACCAGCGGGACGGGGGGGUCCCCUUCAUCAUCAACAGGGGGGGUCUGCCCGUGAACCCCGACACCUGGGAGCAGAUGUGGCAUCACGUGACCCGCAUACACCCGGAUGGAGGAGCGCUGGGCGGGCGGAUCCGGGGAACCAGCGACCUGCCGAAGAUUCCAGUACCAAGUGUGCCUACACUCCCGGCCAGCGCCAGCGUUCCCCACCGCCUGGAGGCCAUUCAGAGAUACAUCAGGGACCUGCAAUACAAUCACACUGGAACACAGUUCUUCGAGAUCAAGAAGAGCCGGCCGCUCACCGCAUUGAUGGACAUUGCCAAGGAAAUGACAAGAGAAUCUCUACCAAUCAAAUGUUUGGAAGCCGUUAUCCUCGGGAUUUACCUCACCAACAGCAUGCCGAACGUGGAGCGGUUUCCUCUCAGCUUUAAAACACAGUUCUCAGGGAGUCAUUUCCGUCACAUAGUGCUGGGCGUCCACAGCGGGGGCCGCUUCGGGGCCCUGGGCAUCAGCCGACGCCAGGACCUGAUGUACAAGCCGCUGGAGUUCAGGACGCUCAGCGAGCUCCUGCAGGAGUUCCAGGCCGCCUAUCGGGGCUACUGGCACACGCUGUGCAAGGUCAAGAUCGGGCACUACGUGUCACACGACCCCCACAGCGUGGAGCAGAUCGAGUGGAGGCAUUCGGUGCUGGACGUGGACAAGCUGUCCACCGAGGAGCUGAGGAAAGAGCUGGAGAGACACACCCGGGACAUGAGGCUGAAGAUCGGUAAAGCCGCUCCUGCGUCGCCCCCUAGAGACCGGAGGAAGGAGGUGGGAUCUCCUCUGAGGACCCCGGGCAGCCCGAUGCGCAAGAACAGCCCGAGCGACAGACGGCUGGCGGUGGAGAAGAGAACGGGGCCCGCGGCGGAUCUGAACGGAUACCAGAUCCGGGUGUGAGGGAUUCGACAUGAAGAGGACCGUGUGCUCACUCGCUCACUCCUCAAACC